UCCUAAGGCUGUACGCACUUCAGAGAUGUCGCACGUUCAGGAUCUGGAGAAGAACCCCGUGGAGUCCGGUGUUGGCAGUGUCCCUUCAUCGGGAGAUUACCCGUACGACGAUGCUGCUGUCCCUGGGGAGAGCUUCGAGUAUGGCGACGGCUACUAUGCCAAGUUGCAGCGUCUGGCCGGCAAGUUCAACAUCGAGCAGCGCGGCAUUGAGCGCGUACCCGAGAAUGAGAGAACCGAGACUGGCAUCAGGGCCUUGUUGAACGUUAUGACAAUGACUGGAUUUGCCGAUGGCAUCCUGUGUAUCCUCUUCUUCAACAUCAUUGGUAUUAUUCCGGUGUCGUUCUUCUCUGCUCUUGGUCCUCAGUUCGGUCUCCGCCAGAUGGUCCUUUCGCGAUUCUGGUUUGGAUGGUGGGGCGUGAAGCUCAUCGCCAUUUUCAACGUGAUUGCCUGCAUUGGCUGGUCCUCGGUCAACUCCAUUGUUGGCGCUCAGCUUCUCAAUGCCGUCAACGAUGAUGUUCCAGGAUGGGCUGGUAUUCUGGUCAUCGCUUUCUGCACCUUUGCUGUCACCCUCUUCGGCUACAAGAUCGUUCACAUUUACGAGUUUUGGUCCUGGAUCCCCACCUUUAUCGUCUUCUUGAUUCUGAUCGGUGUCUUCGCUCACACUGGCGAUUUCUACAACAUUCCGUGGAGCACUGGCCAGGCCGAGUUGGGUCAUGUGCUCAGUUUCGGUGCUACCGUCUAUGGCUUUGCUACUGGUUGGACCUCGUACGCUGCCGACUACACCGUCUACCAAGCUAGCACACAGAAGCGUUGGAAGGUCUUCCUUGCAACCUUCAUUGGUCUGCUCUUCCCUCUUCUUUUCACUCAGAUGCUCGGUUUGGCCGUCAUGACCGCUACAGAAAUCAAUGCUGGCGACAACAUCUACGCUAAAGGCCUCGCGAAGUCACAAACUGGUGGUCUAAUCGGUGCUGUCCUGAUUCCUCACCUUGGCGGAUUCGGAAAGUUCUGCCUUGUUAUUCUUGCUCUUUCCAUCAUCGCCAAUAACUGUCCCAACAUUUACUCUGUCGGUCUUACUGUUCAAGUCUUCGGCAAGUGGAUCCAGCGUCUUCCUCGCUUCCUCCUCACUGCCAUCGCGACUGGCGCAUACAUUGCCAUUGCCAUUCCUGGCUACAGCCACUUCGAGUUGGUGUUGUCGAAUUUCAUGAACUUCAUUGGAUACUGGCUCGCCAUCUACACCGGAGUUGCGUUCGCAGAUCAUUUUGUCUUCAAGAGAUCUCUGGAUGCUUACGUUGUCUCUGAUUACGACAAGCCUCAGAAUCUCGCCAUCGGCAUUGCCGCCGUCCUUGCUUUCUGCUUUGGUGUCGCCGGUAUGGUGACUGGUAUGUCGCAGGUGUGGUUCGUUGGACCCAUCGCCCUUCACGCUGGCGAAGCACCUUUCGGUGGUGAUGUUGGCAGUGCUCUUGGCUUUGCGUUUGGCUUCGUUUCAUAUCUGUUCUUGAGACCUCUAGAGCUCAAGCUCAUCGGAAGG